AUGUAUCAAGGUUCACAAAUAAAAAGGUAUAAGAGGAAUAUGCCAAUGAUAAUGUCGCAGCAUUUUGGAGAAACUACACUAAUGCCAGGGGGUGAUGUCAGCCUCCAAUGUAUAGUCAACGGGCCUCACCCGGCCAGAUUCGUUUGGGAGAGAGAUGGGCUGGUUAUUUCGUCCAACACAGAUUCUAGAUACGUGAUCGGUCAAACUAUGGCCCCCGACGGAGGUGUGGUGUCCCAACUCAACAUGUCCCACGUUAUGGUGGACGAUGGGGGUCUAUUCUCGUGCGUGGCCCACCACGGGGACACAGUGCUGGCACACCAUGACAGAAUUAAUGUGUAUGGUCCGCCUUAUAUUAGAACACUGCCGCCUUUUAAAGUUCAAAGUGGUCAAAGUGUAACAUUAAGAUGUCCUUAUUACGGUUACCCUGUAAGAGAAAUAACAUGGGAGUACAAAGGUAAAGAAAUAAGCGCCGAAUUGACAACCCAAUCCAGUCGUUUUAAGCGUUUCGUCAAAAACACGGAGAGCAUAGAGAUAUUUGGUCGAAAGCCCAAGUUAAGAACGAAGAGGGACUUAGCUACGGUGACUAAUGAUGGGGUUUUGAAUAUAUUAAAGGUCACUAAAAGUGACAAUGGGGCAUCUUACGCGUGUAUAGUGAGGAGUCCUACAGGGGAGAUGGCUAAAAGAUCGUUUGAGCUACAUGUGGUGGAACCACCACAGCUAGAAGAAAUAUUGCUGGCUCAGGAUCUGCAAGAAGGUCAGAUAGUCCAAAUACACUGUAACUUGAAGAGUGGGGACUCGCCUGUGUAUUAUUCUUGGCUGAAAGAUGGCAAGAAGAUUCCUACGCAUCUAAAGAUCGUAGAGCGAAGCAUGGAGGUUUUCAGUGUGCUCAUCAUAAAGAACGUGUCUUUGGACCACUGUGGAACUUACACAUGUGUGGCGGCCAACCACGUCGCCAAAGUGAAUCGGACCGUCAAUCUGUACAUAAAAGUUGCACCCAAAUGGAGUGAAGAGCCUCAGAACGCAUCGUUGUUGUUGGGACGAAGCGGGUACAUAUCGUGUAGUGCGAGUGGCUACCCACAGCCCCAGACACAUUGGCUGAAGAGAGACAGUAAGAAUAAGUCAUAA